AUGGAGAACCACCCUGCUGAUGGUCCCACUUGCAUUUUGAAAGUGAGUACAUGUUGUUUGGGGGGUUUUCGGCUAUGGCCUCCCCACUUCACCAAGCUAUGGCCCCCCAAGUUCAUAAAAAAAAAGAAGGUAAUUACAUGUUGCAAGGGAUGUGCUACUAAAAUAAAGAAGAAACUGCAGAAACUUAACGGAGUAAAUUCCAUCACCAUAGAUUAUGAAAAAGGGAUGGUAGCAGUUUCUGGUCAGGCAGAUCCAGCCACAAUCUUAGUGACAAUUGCAAAGCUUAAGAUUAGGACAGAGCUUGUGUCCUACAAGAAGGACCCGCGUGCUGCCCAAAAGAAAAAACAAGCACAACGAUUGAAGAACACUCAAAAUCAUCAUCACCACCCCAAAGCCAAGGACACGAAAAAGAUCAUCGAUCAUCACAAUGAUCAUAAUCAUGAUCAUUCAAAUUCUGAUUCUGAUUCUGAUUCUGAUGAUCAGAUUGAUGGAGAUCAUCAUGGUCAUAGUGGACAUAAAAUUAAGAAGCCAGCCAAUGUUAAUGGUCCAUUUGUUGCACCCCAUGGCAAGGGCAAUUUCCCCAAGCCAAAACCUCUUGGGCCACAAAACAAUUGGGCCCGAGGGAUGUACGGAAGGCCCCCGCCAGGUCCACCGCCUGCAUUUCCACUGCCGCCACGGCCACCAAUGCCGCCACAUGCAUAUGGUGGUUAUGGUCACCACUCGAGCAUGGCACCGCUGCCACGACCGCCGCCACAUGCAUAUGGUGGUAAUGUUCACCACUCGAGCAUGGCACCGCUGCCACGACCGCCACCGCCAUUGCAAAUGUAUCCCUAUCCUUAUUAUCAUCGAACAAAGGAACCGCCUGUUGGCAACUCAAUGCUCCAUUAUUUCAGCGACGAUAACACUAGCACUAGUGCUUGCACCGUAAUGUAA